UUUAAAGAUAGAGCUGUAACUAUAUAAAGAAGAGAAAGACUGACAGAAACAGAAAAUGCCUGAUAAGUGUUAUUUGUGUCUGCUGGGACUGAUCAUUCUCUGCUCACUUCUCACAGGUAAAGAAAAACUGUUUAUUCUGGAGAGUGUUGUUUGCAUUAAGUGAGAAAAAAGGUUUUGAAUCUUCUGCUUUUUGUACUUGUAUGAUUUAUGUCUUCAUUUAUUAAUAAUGAAUGUACUGUGUUUCAGGUACCGGUGGAAUGGAUGAUGCUCAUGUGUUCAUCAGUUCUGAUGAAAAUGUCCGUCUGCCCUGUAAUAAUGCUCUUUCUGACUGCAAAUCAACUACAUGGAUCUAUAGCACAUCCAGGCAUUCAAAGGCAGCUGAACUGACUUUUUUAGGGAUAAAGAAUGAAGACACAGGGAGACAUGAGAGACUGUUUCUGGGGUCUGACUGCUCUCUGAACAUCAAGAAUGUCACAAAAGAAGAUUAUGGAUUUUACACCUGCAGACAAUAUGUAAAUAAACAAAAACAAGGAACUGAUGCACAUAUUUAUCUGCAUGUUCUUCAUGUUUCACUGUCUCCAUCAUCAUCAUCAUCAUCAUCAUCAUCAUCAUCAUCAUCAUCCUCACAGACUGAGAUCAGUUCAGGUCGCUCUGUGACUCUCUCCUGCCAGUUGUAUUCAUAUACUGGAUUCUCCUGUGAUGAUUGGUCCCAUUCUAAGGGACUUCAGCUGUUGUGGGUGAAUCAGGCUGGUGUUGAUCUGAAGACAGACUCCAGAUAUCAGAUAUUAUUCUCAUCAAAUCGCUGUAUCAUCACUCUGACCACAACACUCCUGAAUGAAGAUGACAACAGAGAGUUGAGAUGUCAGCUUACUCUCAGAAAUCAAGUUAAGACCUCAGUCAGAUACACUGUCAAGUAUUCAGUUCAAGAUGAUUCAACGACAGCAGUGAUUCCAGUCCACAUCACAAACUCUCAGGAUCCUUCAACUAUAAACACACAUGUAUCUAAAGCUCAAGAUGAUUCAAUGACAGCAGUGAAUCGAGUUCACAUCACGGUCUUAACAAUAAACACACCAGAAAUUUCAAGACAAGAUGAAGCAUCUGAACAUUCAUCUUCUGCAGUCGAUUCAACAACACUGAUUCCAGUCAGCAGCUCAAACUCUGAGAAGAAAUCAAGCCAAACGACAGCAGCAGGUUCAUGAUCACAUGAUCACUGUCACACAUCAUCAGUCUCUCACUUCAGCGGUUUGCACUGGCUCUUAAAAACUGGUUUAUCAUCACAAAA